AUGUCCGGCCCCACCACCGACUUACCGGAAACCAAAUCGGCAUCCCUGCCACCGACCAGAUCUUUUAUUUCAGCUCCUCAUCCACUAGAUCCACCGCUAGCGUCGUCCUCCCGCAUCUCGUUAUCUAGAUCGCUACAAAAGGAAAAUGGAGAUUCUCGUGAACAUGUCAAACAAAAAAAGAAAUUGGAGAUCUUCAGUUUUCGAUGCAUAAAGGCUUUGAUGGAGAUGCAUCCGGUGAUGUUUCCAUGGAGUAAAGGAGAUGCUCGAAGAAAAUGAAAGUUAACAUAUAGUUAAUAUUUUUUUCCUUUGCUUAAAUAUAACUUUUUUUCAUUUGUUUAGAUCGAGAUUUUUGAGGUACUUUUCUUAUUGCUUGCUGCCAUAUAUGUUCUUUACAUUUAAUGAAUUUAAUGAGUCUGACA